UUGAAAAACAUGAUUCUGUAACAGUUGAUGGUGAUGCUCUGCUUGCCAGUGUAGGCAGGCAGCAGCACUAUAGUGCGUAACAGACAGAAAGGAUGGCUGGAGCAUGGAGAUCAACGAUACUAAACCUACUGGAAAAAAUGGGUUUACGGAUCACUGACAAGAAUAACAUUACCAAGUCUCAUGAAGUAAGCUUUACAUUGGGUGCCAUGAAGGCCCAGACCCCUCAACCCAAAACCUUCUCCAGGGGUAUGCAGACCGUGACUUUAAUCCCGGGGGAUGGGAUCGGUCCUGAGAUCUCCGCUGCUGUUAUGAAGAUAUUUGAAGCAGCUAAAGCUCCUAUCCAGUGGGAGGAGAAGAACGUUACAGCCAUCAAGGGACCGGGGGGGAAGUGGAUGAUUCCUCCUGAAGCUAAAGAAUCCAUGGACCAGAACAAGAUCGGCCUGAAAGGCCCUCUGAAGACGCCCAUCGCGGCCGGCCACCCCUCAAUGAACCUGCUGCUGAGGAAGACCUUUGACCUGUAUGCCAACGUGCGUCCCUGCAUGUCCAUCGAGGGCUACAAGACCCCCUACAACGACGUGGACCUGGUCACCAUCAGAGAGAACACUGAGGGAGAGUACAGUGGUAUUGAGCACACGAUAGUAGAUGGUGUGGUCCAGAGUAUCAAGCUGAUCACUGAAGACGCCAGUAGAAAAAUUGCUGAGUACGCCUUUGAAUAUGCCAGGAACAACCAGCGAGCCAGCGUCACCGCCGUGCACAAGGCCAACAUUAUGCGUAUGUCAGACGGGUUGUUCCUGAGGAAGUGCAGAGAGGUGGCGGAGAAAUACAGGGACAUCAAGUUCACCGAGAUGUACCUGGAUACGGUCUGUCUCAAUAUGGUGCAGGAUCCCACUCAGUUUGAUGUGCUGGUCAUGCCCAACCUGUACGGAGACAUCCUGAGUGAUCUGUGUGCUGGGCUGAUCGGAGGUCUUGGGGUGACUCCUAGUGGAAAUAUUGGUGCCAACAAUGUCGCCAUCUUUGAAUCGGUCCAUGGGACGGCCCCUGAUAUAGCCGGUCUAGACUUGGCCAAUCCUACGGCUCUGCUGCUCAGCGCUGUGAUGAUGCUGCGUCACAUGGGCUUGCACGACUACGGCAAAAAGAUCGAGACCUCCUGCUUCGACACCAUCAGAGACAAGAAGGUUCUGACGAGAGAUCUGGGGGGGAAUUCUAAAUGUUCUGAGUUCACAGCUGAGAUCUGCCAGAGAGUACAAGACAUGGACUGAGAGAUGCUGCCUGGUCUGAGUACUAACCAAA